CUCGGGCUCGGGUUGGAGCCCGGGUUGCAGAGGCUGGUGACAGCGGCGGGUGGCAGCGGCGGGGGGGCGGUGGCAGGGCAGGGCAGCGCAGGGCAGCCCGCCGCCGGCGACCCUCGGGGGCGCCGCAGGGGAGGAGGAGCCGCCACCCGCUGAUCGCAACGCCCGGCUGCCCACGCCAUGUCUGACUUCGACAGCAACCCCUUCGCCGACCCGGACCUCAACAACCCCUUCAAGGAUCCUUCUGUUACACAAGUGACAAGAAAUGUUCCUCCAGGGCUAGAUGAAUAUAAUCCUUUCUCUGAUUCAAGAACACCUCCUCCAGGAAAUGUGAAAAUCCCUAGUGUACCCAGUACCCAGCCAGCAAUAAUGAAACCAACAGAAGAAUCACCUGCUUACACACAAAUUGCAAAGGAGCAUGCCUUGGCCCAGGCAGAACUGCUAAAACGUCAACAAGAACUGGAAAGAAAAGCAGCUGAACUAGAUCGCAGAGAAAGGGAAAUGCAGAGUCUCAAUCAGCAGGGGGGUAGAAAAAAUAAUUGGCCACCUCUUCCUGAGAAUUUUCCAGUAGGUCCUUGUUUCUACCAGGACUUUUCUGUAGACAUUCCUGUAGAGUUCCAGAAGACAGUAAAGAUUAUGUACUAUUUGUGGAUGUUCCAUACAGUGACACUGUUUCUUAAUAUCUUUGGAUGUUUGGCCUGGUUUUACGUUGAUGCUACGCGAGGGGUUGAUUUUGGAUUGAGUAUUCUCUGGUUCUUGCUUUUUACCCCUUGUUCUUUUGUCUGCUGGUACAGACCGCUUUAUGGAGCUUUCAGGAGUGACAGUUCAUUCAGGUUCUUUGUGUUCUUCUUUGUAUAUAUCUGUCAGUUUGCUGUACAUGUACUUCAAGCUGCAGGAUUUCAAAGAUGGGGAAACUGUGGGUGGAUUUCAUCUCUUACUGGGCUUAAUAAGAGUAUUCCGGUUGGCAUUAUGAUGAUAAUCAUAGCUGCACUUUUCACAGCAUCUGCUGUUAUCUCAUUAGUUAUGUUUAAAAAGGUGCAUGGUCUCUACCGCACGACUGGUGCUAGUUUUGAGAAAGCGCAGCAGGAGUUUGCCACGGGGGUUAUGUCCAACAAAACUGUACAAACGGCUGCAGCCAACGCCGCGUCAACAGCAGCAACCAGUGCCGCUCAAAGCGCAUUCAAGGGUAACCGAAUGUAGGGAAAUGUAAAAAGUCAUUAUGGUUCUCUUCGGCUGUAAUUUAUUUUCCAGUCGCUUAUUAUAUUCCCUAUAAGCCUAGGUCAAAAUUCACACAGCAUGUUUGUCUCUUCUGCAGCUGUGCAUGGGUAAAAUGGGAAAUGUUUCGUUUAUUAUAAAUUUAUUUAUUUUAAAAAGAUAACCAUUCUUUGCUCUUCUUUUAAGAUGUUGUAUUCUAGAAUCUAAACCCUAUCAUAUUUUAUGGAUGGUAAAUAAUUUCAACAAUUGGCCUGAGAAUGAAUUGUGGAACAAUGAUCAAAUAAACGUUGUAAGAAUUUGGAAGGUUUUUUAGUGGUUCUCUCCAGUAUUUUCUUUUAACUUCCGGAAAGCACUUUGGAUCAAUUAUUUUCCUUUGUUAAGAACUGUUUGCCCUAUUUCUACUGUAAGAAGUGGGGCAGACUUAGAGAUGUAGAAAGUUAGGUUUGGCUACUGCUUUUGCAAUUUCAGCAGCUGCUGGAGGACAAAUACGAGCAGGAUAGAUAUUAUAAAUUCUUUUCUGGUUUUUUGUUGUUUUUUUUUUUUUUAGGAUAAGUCUUUUGAUAUAAACCUGUAAGUUUGCAUGAAUACUGUUGAGUUAUCUGAUCUUGUUUAAAUAGUGUUUUGGUCCAGAAUUUACCUGCACCACUUUAUAAUUACAGCAUUUGUUUGUAUCUAUUUUCAUGGAGUAUUCUCUACCUGUGAGAAAUUACUAUGGUGCAUAGACAUUCUCUGUAACAGAAUGUGUAAUGCAGUGUACAGAUUACGGAUGUUAACUGACAGUUUCAAUCACGGAGCUAAAUGAUUAUAUAUUUGCUAUUUUUAAUUUCAGUAUUCAUGUUUUGGGGUAAUAAUUUUGCUGGAAAAGAAGCCAAUAUUGACUUUUAGAACACUAGUUUCUUGCCCCCUUCCCUAUUCUACAUGCAGUGGUAUUUUUGUUGUCUUUGGGAUUUUUUUUGGUUGUUUGUUUUUUAGGUUUGGGGUUUUUCUGGUGGGUUUUUUGUUUGUUUGAUUUGAUUUGGGUUUUUUUGGUUUUUUUUUUUUUCUUUAAGUGUAGAUUUGUCUUUAACAGUGGUACUAAAUCUCUGGCCUAGUCAGUCACUCUGUUUACUGCUUGUCCAAAAACCUAAAUAUAAAGUGUUUAAUUUUCUAAGGGGAAUAUUGUCUAAACCCAGGCUUUUCAAGCAAUGGCAUUUAACAGAUACUUGAAUUAAUUUUAAUGUUAACUCGGCCAUCUCUGAUGUGAUUUAAGGGGGGGGCUUUUAAACUAUUUUGAGUUGGAAAAGUGAGAAAUUUAAUCUUUAACAAAGUAAAAUUUUAAAUCAUUGAACUGGAGGCCUAAGAGGUUAAAUUGGUGACAUGGAACUGAACAAUCCAUAAUGGUACAUACCAUCAUAAUAUUCUAGAAUAUAAUAAUCUCUUAGAAUAACGUCAUGUUUCUCUCCUUUGAAGACAAUUCAUAUUCUUGGAUUGCCUCAUGAGUGAUAUGCACAAUACUUCGGCUGUUUUUUCAAACUCUGUUUUAGGUAAUGGAAACAGGAAAAACCACAUCCCACAACCAGUGUAAGUGUACACUGUGGCUGAAAUAAAUUCAGCCAUUAAGGUGGAUCACCUUUAGUAAGACAGCAUAAAAUUCUGAGGCCCCUCCAUGUUCUGAAUGUGGACCGACUUUCAUAGAAUCACAGGUUGGAAGGGACCUCAGGGAUCAUCUAGUCCAACCUUUCUGGGAAGAGCAGAGUCUAAACAAGAUGGCCCAGCACCCUGUCCCGACGACUCUUGAAGGUGUCCAAUGUGGCCGAGUCAACCGCUUCCCUGGGGAGAUUAUUCCAAUGGGUGACUGUCCUCACUGUGAAAAAUUUCCCUCUGGUGUCCAAUCGGAAUCUCCCCAAGAGCAAUUGUGUCCAUUCCCCCUUGUCCUCUCCAUGUGACUCCUUGUAAAAAGGGAGUCUCCAUCUUCUUUGUAACUGCCCCUUAAGUACUGGUACAUGGUGAUGAGAUCCCCUCUGAGCCUCCUUUUCUCAAGGCUGAACAAACCCAGUUCUCCCAGCCUGUCCUCAUAUGGCAGGUUUCCCAGUCCUCUGAGCAUCUUGGUGGCCCUUCUCUGGACCCUUUUCAGCCUGUCCACAUCCUUUUUGUAUAGCGGGGACCAGAACUGUACCCAGUACUCCAGGUGUGGCCUGACAAGCGCUGAGCAGAGCAGGAUAAUGACUUCUUUCUCUCUGCUGGCGAUGCCCUUUUUGAUGCAACCCAGCAUCCUGUUGGCCUUCUUGGCCGCAGCAGCACACUGUUCGCUCAUGUUGAGCUUUCUGUCCACCAGGACCCCCAGGUCCCUUUCCACAGAGCUGCUUUCCGGCCAGGUGCAUCCCAGUCUGUGCUGCACUCCAGAUCCUCCCUCAAGCCUUUCUUGUAGAUAGGGGUAACGCUUGCCUUUCUCCAAUCCUCUGGGACAUCCCCUGUUCUCCAUGACUUCGCGAAGAUUAUGGAGAGUGGCCUCGCAAUGACGUCAGCCAGCUAUCUCAAUACCCUCAGGUGGAUGGCAUCAGGGCCCAUCAAUUUGUAGGGGUCAAGCUCCCAUAAUAAUUCAUCAAUUUGUAGGGGUCAAGCUCCCAUAAUAAUUCACAAUAACUCUUCCUUCACUGAUGGAGGGUCGGUGUUUGGAUCAACAGGCAAUUUUGUUCCCAGAGCCUGGGACCUGGCAGUGCUGGCAAAGACAGAGGUGAAGAAAGUGUGAAGGACCUCUAUCUUUUCAGCAUCGUUGGUUAUUGACUCUCCUUUUCUGUUUAACAGUGGGCCUGUGUUUUCCUCCUUUUUCUGCUUACAGUUGAUAUACCUGAAGAAAACUUUCUUGUUAUUUUUUAUGUCUACAGCCAGUUUCAAUUCAAGCUGGGCUUUUGCUUUUCUAACUGCAUCUCUGCACACUCUGGCAAUGCCCUUGUAGCUCUCAACGGAUAAUCCUCCACUUCUCCAUCUCUGGUGUGCUUCCCUUUUGGAUUUGAGUAGGCCCAGGGCUUUGUGGUUGAGCUGAGCAGGCCUCUUGCUCUGCUUACUUCCCUUUCCUUUAUCGGAGAUAAACUGGUUUUGUGCUUCUAACAGAGAGUUCUUGAAGAAUUCCCAGCACUCACUAGCUCCUUUAUCUUCCAUGGAAGCUUCCCACGAGAUCCCUCCCAACUAAGCCCUGAGUGAGCUGAAGUUUGCUCUUCUAAAAUCCAAAACGCUUGUCUUAGAGCUGACCUUCAGCACGGUCAGCAGGAUCCCAAACUCCACUUUGUUAUGAUCACUGCAGCCAAAGUUAUCACUAACCGAGAUAUUACAAAGCAGGCUUUCUCGGUUUGUGAAUAGCAAGUCCAGCAGUGCCUCAUUCCUGGUUGGCACAUCUAACAUUUGUAUCAGGAAACAGUCCUUGAUACAUUCCAGGAACUUGGUGGAUGACAUGCGAGCUGCUGUAUUGUGCUUCCAGCAGAUGUCUGGGUAGUUGAAGUCACCCAUCAGGACUAGGUUCUGUUGGCCAGAUGCUUGCUUUAGUGCCCCAAGUACCGCUUCAUCAGCAUCGUCACUGUGGUUAGGAGGUUGGUAGCAGAUGCCCACUGUGAGGUCCUUUUUUGCUACACAGCAUUCGGAAUAACAGAAGAGCGUUGCGAAAAAUAAAAUCCCUACCUUAAUCCCUAGAUCAGUUUUGUACUGUUAGCAUGGUGUCCCUGUUAGUCUCCCUUCUUUUACUGAUUUCUUUAAAUCCCACUUGAAUUUGGAUAAAUGGCAUCACUUCACCUAUGCUGAAGUUCGUAUUAAUUAAUAUACUUGCUUCUAAAUGUUCUCUGCAUCAUGAAGUUAAAAGCAAUUUAAAUAUUCUGUGUAAUGGGGGCUCUAAAAUUUCACACUAGUGGACAUGCUAGCAUCAAACUUAAAUUUUUGUGGAAUGUUAUUAAAAGCUUUCCAGAUAAAAGUCACCAUUUUCUGUUGAGAUCAGGCAUCAUCCCUCUAGCAGCCGUGUAUCAAGAUUGUGCUUUUCAUAAUCUUUUAAAACUAACUUGAGGGUUGUAUCUAACAGCUCUACUAUGGAUUGCUUAUAGAUCUAAGUUUAUGCAGUUCUCUUGGUACCUCUUGGGUGGAAUCCCAGGGCCAUCAUCCUUGCAAUUUAACUUAAGUUGAAGAUUGCAGAAUAACAUACAUUACCAGAAUAUAGUAUGAAAAAAAAAAAAAACAAACACAAAUUAGGAAUAAAACCUGAAUUUGGUGGGUAGAUUUUUUUCCCCAAACGUCCAAAGGCUCUAUGAGAAAACAUAUUUAAUGUUCUGUGUAGAGGGAGCGUUGAUUUGUAAUGCCAUGGGUUGAAUGUACAGAUUUAAACCUCCUGAAUGAAAUUCAAGGUUCAGUUACAUGUGAAUUGUUUAAACCAGAAAUCUGUGACACUGCAGCCCAAAAGGGAGGGAGAGGUUUGAGCUUAGCUUUGACAACAGAAGGCUGAUACUUGUCAAGAUAUUUUGUACCUAAUGAAAACUAGAUUUUACAGUCUCUUAUUCAUUAAUCAGAGGAUGGCGCCCACUGAAGUUGUCAUUUUGUAGUAUUGUGGCAAAUUGAAUACAAAGUAUGAAGUCUGAACACUGGAAUGUCAGUAGUCAUUGCUCUGUAAUUUAGGAGUUGGUUUUAUUUAUCUGAGGGAUGUUUGUAUAUUUUGUAAAUUACUAACAAUGCUCUGCCAUCCUGGUGAAUGUCAUGGUUCUGUACAAAUGCGCUUCUUCUGUCCCUCUGUUGCAUGUCUGAGUAGUUCAGAAGUUUUGUAUAUUUAUUGUAUUAACACAAUGUCAUAGAAUAAAAAAAGACUUUUUUCCUGGG